AGCAAACGCGUUCUCGAAAGGCGAAGGCUCCAGCGACCUCUCUUACCACCGUCAUGGCAGUCCCAGGUUGCAACAAGGACAAUGUUAGAGCAGGCUGUAAAAAAUGUGGCUACCCUGGUCACCUGACUUUUGAAUGCCGCAAUUUUCUCCGAGUAGACCCCAAAAGGGACAUAGUUUUGGAUGUCAGCAGUACAAGCAGUGAAGAUAGUGAUGAAGAGAAUGAAGAACUGAAUAAAUUUCAGGCAUUACAGGAAAAAAGAAUAAAUGAAGAAGAGGAGAAGAAAAAAGAAAAAAGCAAAGAGAAAAUCAAAUUGAAAAAGAAAAGGAAAAGGUCUUAUUCAUCCAGUUCCAAUGAAGAAGAUACUUCAAAACAAAAGAAACAAAAAUACCAGAAGAGAAAAGAAAAAAAGAGUAAAUCAAGAAAGGGGAAACAUCACAAAAAGGAAAAAAAGAAGAGGAAAAAGGAAAAACAUUCUUCUACCCCUAAUAGUUCGGAAUUCUCCAAAAAGUAACUGAGACUUUGGCUUAAGCCAUUAAAUUUAAAAAUUUGUUUUUAAAAGUUAUGUGCCCUUCCUUGGUAUUUGCUGUAUAUUCUGCUUUGCAAUAAAUCACAGCCUUUUCCAUA